AUGGCCCUUGGCUUCCCCCAAAGGACCCAGCUUCUUCUUCUAAUACCUGCUUUUAUCAGUGUGGCGUGUGGAAAUACAUUCUACACCCUAAAGUUUGCUACAGACAGCCCCGUAACGUCCGGUGCCCAGGCAACUGUGAAUAGCAGUUUAUUUUUCAGAAAAGACAGUGUGACCCAAACACUCAAUCCUAGUCUGUAUCAGUUCCAUUGGAUCUACACACCUUUGCUCCUAACUCACCAGUCUGAGAAUGAAUCCUGCGCAGGUAUUAAAGUACUGGCCAAAGCCCCCGGAAAUUAUACAGUUUCAGUACAAGUGACCGAAGGACACUGUCGUUCUUGCGAGGUGGUGGCAAGAGGCGCAACGCACCUCUACGUUACAAAGUCUAUAGUUGGGGAUCUAACAGCCACACAAAGAGAUGGAAACACGACAUCCAUCAGACGUGGCUCCUCGUUUGCCACCAACGACGAACUCCACUUAUCCUUUAUCAUCCGAGAUCCAAGUGACUUCUUUAAAGCAGCUGUCUUCACCUACGUGUGGAGUUUCGGAGAUGGGGCAGAAAUAGUCACAUCGGAGCCUUCUGUAAGUCAUAAAUAUCCAAUACCCGGGAGAUAUAAAGCAAAUGUCCAAGUAUCUGCUCAUCUGCAAAGUUCAAGGCACAGAAGAAGCCCGUGGCAGAAAACAGGACGUUUCGAAGCUCCGUUAACCUUGCGAGAUGUCUUAAAAAAUAUAACAGUUGCUGGUCCGUCACAGACCGCUGUUGGGGAAAGGUUCCAUAUAACCCUGCACUUCUUUGGCAGCCCUCCACUGUCUGUUUGCUACCUAAUAAAACCAGAAUGCGUGUCUCUGGACGGAGAUGAAUGCCACGCGGUGGAAAUAAAUGACAACACCUACAGUAUAAGCCACGUCUUCAAUAAGACAGGACUUUAUUGUUUGAGUGUCAAAGCCAAAAAUGACAUCAGCAUGCUGAGGAAUUAUCACGCUAUUACUGCAUACGCUACAGGCGUACACCAGAUAUGGUUCAUUUUGCCAUCCUGUGCCUUCAUUUUGAUUGUCCUUGGGAUUAUCGUCUUCAUCAUCUACAAAUCUAGCAGCUGCGCGUCACACCAGAAUUCACUGGUAGAGGUGGCAGAUUUUGACUUUUCUCCGCGAGCUGAGAAUUAUCAGCCUCUCCCACCCUAUAAGGAAGUCUCCGCUAGAAAUUUCAGCUGCACUUUGUGUACCGGAGAUAUAUCCAAGAAUGAAAGCGAGACGCGCGUAGAAGAGCAGCCGCUGUUACCGCCAUCGUCUCAAUCCGCCAGGAGUUACAUGCUGUGACAUUCUGCUUUAAUAAAGCAUUCAUACUUUUCAUAAAAUUAGCAAGUUUUAGAGACACUUUGUGAAACCUGACAUUAUUGGGGAUAUUGUCUCCAUCCGUGGAAGGACUUGCAACUUUGAGCUGAAUGAUUAUCAGCUUCUGAGAUGUUUUGCAAGAACACACAUUAUGAGCUCCAUGG